AUGUGCGUGGCGAUUCAGCGGGUUCAUGGAUGUGGAGGAAGCUUCUUAAGAUGCGUUCACUGGCAUUUCAGUUCAUCAGGGUGGAAGUUGGUAAUGGGGCCAGAGCUUUCUUCUGGCAUGAUGAUUGGCAGGCUUAUUGAUGUAACGGGAGCGACUGGCACUCGUUAUUUGGGGAUUACCCACAGUGCAAGGGUGUGUGAUGCUGUUAGCCAAAAUCAGUGGAGUAUAAGGGGCCAUAGAAGUCGUCACUUCCAGGAGCUUCAUGCCAAAAUUCAAACUACACCAGUCCCUGACCCGCAGAUGGAAGACGAUAAGUAUCUUUGGAAGCAUGAUAUUGAUGAUUAUAAGGACUACUUCUCUUCUGCUCGAACUUGGGAACAAAUUCGAUGUAAGAAAGAAGCAGUAAACUGGAGUAAUGGGGUGUGGUUUAAACAAGGAAUUCCUAGAUGCACUUUUAUUGUGUGGCUUGCAAUACAGAACAGGCUCUCAACUGGAGAUUGA